AGACGUCGUUAUGGCAGACAACAUCAAUAUAUUAUUUUAAACCUAUUUAAAGGUCCAACUUUUUAUUUUGGCGUCUGCCUAUGGCACAACAGAAACCUCGUCGUUUAGUGCUCUGUUUUUAAAGGGGGAUGAAAAGACUCAAGAGGAAGAAACAUAACGCCGGAGUUGAGGUGAAUGGGGAACGAUCUGUAACAAGAGAACCAGAUUGCGGCAGGAAACAGAAGUUGGCUGAGAUCCCUCAGGCUUUGAACAGUGAUCCAGUGGACAUUGAGACCCUGAGGCGCGCAGCAGCCAGUAAGGGAGGACUGCUCACUGAUGAACUGAGGAGGAAAGUCUGGCCCAAACUGCUGAGCAUCAAUGUGUAUGAUCUACCACAUAAACCUGGUCGAGAUGUGAGGGACAACCACAAGGACUACAGCCAAGUAGUCCUGGAUGUCAGGAGGUCUAUGAAGCGUUUUCCUAAAGGUAUGCCAGCCGCAGAGAGAGCCAUACUUCAGGAGCAGCUCAUUGACAUCAUCCUGGUGGUUUUGAAAUGUAAUCCUCAGCUCCACUACUAUCAGGGCUACCACGAUGUGGCUGUCACUCUGCUGCUGGUAGUCGGGGAGCGGAUGGCCAUUGCCAUGCUGCACACUCUGUCCAAAUAUCACCUCAGGGAUUUCAUGGAUCCUACUAUGGACAGCACUAAACACAUUUUAAACUAUUUAAUGCCAAUAUUGGAACAAGUAGAUACAGAACUACAUGACUUCAUGAUCAGAUCGGAGGUGGGAACCAUCUUUGCGCUGUCCUGGCUCAUCACAUGGUACGGCCACGUCCUGCCAGAGUUCAAACACACCCUGAGACUCUAUGACUUCUUCCUGGCCUCCCACCCACUGAUGCCCAUCUACCUCGCUGCUGCGAUUGUUCUACACAGAGAGAAGGAGGUGAAGCAGACUGAAUGUGACAUGGCCAUGGUCCACCACCUCCUCUCCCGCAUCCCCCAGGACCUCCCAUAUGAACUUCUCAUUGGCCAGUCCCAGGAGCUGUUCGACCAGUAUCCUCCCUCGUUACUGGCCAAACGGGCAGCGCUGCAGUCUCGCAAGAGUCAGUCCAUCAGUACCUUUAAGGCGUUUCAGCUGUCCACCCUCCACCAGAGGCCAGACUCGGUGCUUCAACGCCUCACCAAGGCCCAGGACUCCACCACUUCCAGACACGCCUCUAGACACUCUGGCCUGGAAGCUGCUUUGCCCCGGGACAGAGGCCAGCUGUGGGGGAAGGGGAACAGGAUGGUGAAAAUGGCAGUGUGGGGGCUGUCCGCCACGCUCGGGGCGGCGGUGUUCGCAGUGGCCCAGACGGCCAUGGACUGGGGACCUGAAGUGUUACUACAACUGUUCUGAUGGUGGCGGUGGGGAUUUAGACUGUUAGAUACACACAUUUGACACAUGGUGACAGCACAGACUAUCUGUUCUUCAGAUGGAUAAACAACAUAUACAAAAACACAAAUACACCAUCACAGACUUUGAAGACUUGAAACCUCUUGUUGAGAGGGGAAAAGCAAGAGGUCAGUUAUCUUGGUGCCAAACAGGUUGUUGCUACUCAACCACGAUGAACAUGACUAGUAGAGCCUCAGGAUGUGUGUGAGUGUGUGUUGUAUGUUCCUGGAUGUGAAUGCAAGACCUCCUACCACAUGUAUAUAACUAACACAUCUUGCUUUUUCAGGCUGUUGCGAACAUGUAACCACUUGUUUUACCGUUUUACACGCGCGUUUCUGUAUGUUUCCUGUUUGCUGAUUAUUUUUCUAAUACUCGUUUUUAAGCUGUCACGCUCGUUACGCUGCAUUUCUGUUGAUAGUGUUUUUAGCGCGCCUGUUGGAUCAGCAGCCAUAUCUAAGAGCCAAAAGUGCCCCUAGCCAGCACAGCGACACAUGAAUACAAAUUAUUAAAGAGCGGUGUUUUCUGCUGAAAGCUUCCAGUUAUGAGCGAAGAAGGAGAGCAGGAGAGAAAAUGUGAGAAAGAGGGAGGGAGGUAUGGAGGGAGAGAUUUUGCCUGUGAGCCACUGGUAUUAAUUGUUUUACUCCAGGUGUCAGUGAGUUACAAUUACAGUAUAGGAGCUGUUGCUGCCCCAAAAGUGAACAUUACACAUAGUUAGUCUGCAGAAAAGCAGCCCUCAUGCAAGCAACGGGCCUAUUGCAGAUUCAUUUUGCAGGAGGUAUUGAAACACAUAUUUUUUUAAUACGUUAUUUUUAUAUUUUCUGUAGCAGUUUUCUAGAUGUUGUGGCCCACCACUGCUGAAUAAGUAUGGGGAAGACACCAGUACUUUUACAUUCUUAAAAUAUUUACCAGGUUUGCGCCAACAUCCACCCUGAACAGCCGUCAGCAGAGCUGCAGUACUUGUACUCCAUUCUCCUCAACAUCAUGUUCCUCUUCAGCAUUUACAGCUUUGCUUCAAAAUAAUUUUACUGCUACAUUUGGGGCCGAGCAAUCUGAGUAUUUUUAAUAUAAAUUUCACAAUGAAAUUGUGUUUUGUUUUUUAAUGAUCUAUUAUAAUUUGAAGAAGAAAACGACCUGCAUCUCCUCUGGCAGUACCUGACAUAGAUAUUGUUGGACCAAAGUGUUUGUUUGAGCAGAAAUUUUGAGCUGAAAAAGGUAUAUUAAUAAUACAAGCUGUUUCUAACUGAGGUACAUACAUAUGUAAAGAACGUAGGGGUUUCUCCAAACAGCAACGGUAUGCUGUGUGUGUUGACUUAUAUUCUGAAAUAUUUAUCACCUUUUACUAACAUGUAGCCCAGCUGCGUCUGUUAACACGACUCCACCGGAGUCACAACACUCUCCUCCCUCCACUUCCUCUAUCAUCAGAUUUAUGUAGAAUAUGUCACAUGUUCACACA